GCAAGAGAGAGAGAGCAAUGUGCCUUUCACAGAGCUGGGAGCUUGAUGGGAAUGUUUGAUUAGCUCCUCUCUGAAAGAAAAAAGGUGACCAGGCCUCCCUCUGCUGCCUGCUUCUCCUUCUGUAGAAUAAUGUUGGCUGGAGUUUGGGGUACAGAAAAGCUUGGAAAAAAUAGCACUUUCAUACUGUGUGGAGAAAAGGAAUAAAAAGUUGCACACCUCAAGCAAGUGCUUCUUAGUGACACACCCAGAUUUUGCUUUACUCACCAUGAAGGCCACAGUCAUUGCAACUUUCUUUGGUGUGUUUCUUACAUGUACAUACACAGCUAAGGAAGCCACAAAGAAGCCAAAAAAGCCUAAGCUAUAUUUUGCACUCACAGAUGUACCCCAGAUUGAUUGCGACGUCAAGGCAGGGAAGAUAAUCAAUCCAGAAUUCAUUGCAAAAUGCCCUCCUGGAUGUCAAGACGUAAAAUACCGUGUUUAUGGCACAGACAUUUAUGCUUCCUUUUCCAGUGUCUGCAAUGCUGCAAUUCACAGUGGUAUAAUUGACAACACAGGCGGGAAGAUCCUUGUCCAGAAAGUUGCUGGCCACUCUGGUUACCGUGGGAGCUUCUCCAACGGGGUCCGGUCCUUGUCGCUGCCGCGCUGGAGGGAGUCCUUCCUCGUGUCAGAGGGCAAGCCAAGAAAAGGAGUGACAUACCCAUCAACUCUUGAAUAUUCUUCUUCAAAAAGUACUGCUGUUAAAUCAGAGCCUAAAAAGCCAGAGCAAGACCCAAAAGGUAUGAAGAGUAUGGAUACUAUUAAUACAUCAGAAAAAACAUUGGAACAAGGGGAUGCAGUCCGCAAAGAGUACCAGACGUCUCCAGUGCCGACAUCAGCCACACAAAUGGCCACCACGACCCCAACACCAACGACCACGACGACAGAUCCUUCCACCACAGUGCCACAGCCAACCACAACACCUGCAACAACCAGAACCACAGCAGCUGCAGCCAAGACUAGACCUGGACUGCACAGGGUCAGAGAUAUGGGUUCUAGCAGUGUCCACCCAGCAUAUGCAUCUGUGGUAGCUGCAGCAUCAAGACAGGUUCAGGCUGCACAAGGAAGAGGACAGAAUGCAGCAUUCAGGGGCACUUCCACCUCUGCAAGUAACAGGAAUAUUGUACGACACAAUACAGAUCACACAGGUAUUCAGCGCCAAGAGCCUGUUGCCACCUUCCAGAGGGCUGCCGGCUCUCCAGCCCACUUCGCAAUGGAAACAGACUCAUGGAAACCUGGACUGAGCCUUUUUGACACAGGUUUCAGUUCAAAGGAAGAAUUGAAUCCGAAGCCGCUGGAGUCCAUCUCCCAGGGUAACCAGAAUUGCAAGGUUGAUUUGUCCUUCUUAAUGGAUGGAAGCUGGAGCAUUGGCAAACGCCGCUUUCAGCUCCAGAAGCGGUUCCUUAGUAACGUGGCUCAAGCCCUUGGCAUUGGCAGUGCUGGUCCUCUGAUGGGCAUCGUUCAGUAUGGUGAUGACCCUUCCACAGAAUUUAACUUAAAAACUUAUGCCAGCUCCAAGGAGAUAAGAAACGCCAUUGAGAAAAUUCAACAGAAAGGGGGACUUUCCAAUGUUGGGAAGGCACUUUCAUUUGUUAACAAAAACUUCUUCUUGGAUGCUAAUGGAAACCGAGGUGGAGCACCCAACGUGGUUGUAGUGGUGGUGGACGGGUGGCCGACCGACCGCGUGGAAGAGGCCUCCAGGCUGGCCAGAGAAUCAGGGAUCAACAUUUUCUUUGUCACAGUUGAAGCAGCUGCUCAAAAUGAAAAGCAGAAUGUUAUUGAACUGAACUUUGUGGACAAGGCAGUGUGCAGGACAAAUGGUUUCUACUCCAUCAACGUGCCCAGCUGGUUCAGCCUACACAAGGUGGUCCAGCCCCUGGUGAAGCGGGUCUGCGACACCGACCGGCUGGUUUGCAGCAAGACGUGCCUCAAUUCAGCCGACAUUGGUUUCGUCAUCGAUGGCUCCAGCAGCGUCGGCACCAGCAACUUCCGCACGGUCCUCCAGUUUGUAGCCAACAUCAGCAAGGAGUUUGAGAUUUCAGACACGGACACCCGUGUUGGGGCCGUUCAGUACACCUAUGAGCAAAGGUUGGAGUUCAGCUUUGACAAGUACAGCACGAAGGAGGAUGUGCUGAGUGCCAUUAAAAGGAUCAGUUACUGGAGUGGUGGGACCAGCACAGGAGCAGCCAUCAGCUACGCCUCAGAGCAGCUGUUCAGCAAAUCCAAACCCAACAAAAGAAAGAUCAUGAUUCUCAUUACAGAUGGCAGGUCUUACGAUGACGUCAGCGUGCCGGCCAUGGAAGCUCACCGAAACGGAGUCAUUGCUUACUCCAUCGGAGUUGCUUGGGCAGCCCCAGAUGAACUGGAAGCCAUUGCAACAGACCCUGCUAAGGAGCAUUCCUUCUUUGUGGAUGAAUUUGACAACCUCUACCGCUAUGUUAAUCAGCUCAUCCAAAACAUUUGCACAGAAUUUAAUUCCCAGCCACGGAACUGAUGGACUCAAGCAAGGCAGGACCCUUGGCACCAUGCUGAAGGCACAUCAAGUGCCAGGGAAUAAUGCCAGCCCUCAGUACAAAAAACACUGAAGGUGUUUUCCUCUGGCACUUUCCAGUCAGCAAGGUUGAUUGCAGCUCUGCCCCUAUGCAUGCUCUGUGUAGACUGUUGAUAUUUUUUUUUCCCUUGCAGCCUUCAGAAACUCUGAUUUGGAUGGAUAGCUAAAGAGGCAGUAAACAUGGAGGAAAUAAAUACAGCAGUUUGAAAAGCUGCUUCCAGAACAGAGCCCCAGCUUGCCCACUUCUCACCUUUGGACACACACAAGCUCCUUACAAUGCACCACCUGCUCCCUGAAGCAGCCAGGUCCCUUCAAGGUGGCCAUGCUGCUGAGCAGCUGUGGCAGAAGCACCUCUGUUGGCACUGCCCACCAGAUGACACCCAGAUAAGGGCUGAAAGAUCAGAUGCUUCUUUUGGAUGGGGACCACAGCUCAAAUUUGAGUGCCUUCUUAAAAGCAGGCCUUACUCCAUACUGCUGUCUUGCCAGCCUGUCAAGCUUCAGCCACUGUUAACUCAAGCACUGAGAUUUAUCGAAACCCUGUGAGACUGGAAAACAAGUGAGGGGAAAAGGUCAAGCUCUGGGACCAUACAACCCUUUGUCAACUCCAAUAAAGCCCCAAAUCCACAAGGCAGGCAACCUGCAAGAACUGCAAGUGUCCUUCAAUACUGCAUUAAUAUUUGAUUUUGAGAAGUAUCUUGCCUCCUUACCUCUCUUCCUCUGCUCUUGGGUGGCUCAAGACCUGCAGGAUCACAGAAAAGUUGCCAGGACAGAGACUCGGAGAAAAAUUGUGGGUUUAAGUUGCUCACACUCAGAAAAGCAUUUGAGACCUACCACUUUGUUGUUAAACCACUGCUCAGAACAGCUUACAGCAGUUUCUAGUGCUAGGAGAGCUAUUCAAGAGCCAUUAACAGGAUCUAAAAUGGAAUUGCCUUAAACUCUGUGUUACAUACUGGGAAACACAGCAUUUCAAGCAUUUACAGACACCCUCUCUCAAAUUCGGGAUAGACUUAAGUUUUAAUGGAUUGACUUCAAAAUGUAGAUACUAUGGCCCUGGAUCAGUCAAAACACACAGUGGUUUCUUAAGUGGAGAACUACUCAUAUCACUAGUCAGUGAGGGGGGACUGACACACUAGGAGGACCAAAAGAAUAGCGCUUUAAUUAAGAAGCAGCAGUUGGUGGUUAGGUUCCACCCAGCAUAAUUUAAGAAAAUAUGUUCAUUAAGCAAGAUUAUCAAAGAGCCAAUAAAAAUGUAUGUGUCCACACACCUUAUGGCAAUCAAAGCCAUGCCGCAUCAGGCUUGUGGAACUAACAGGAAAUGGGAAGAAAUUAAAUUUCCCAUAUUACUUGCAAAUCAAGCUUUUAACAGCAUUUAUAGUUUUAAUAACCAUGACCCAAGAUAUUUAUUAGCCACAUAAAAAUUUAUUCGAAAUUAAUUGCCGCAAGGGAAACUCCUUUCUGUCAGCAAAAGUAGCACAAUCUUUUAAAUAGUUAUGUUUGGAAAUGUGAUUGAAAAAAGUGCCAAUUAAAUAAGCAUAAUGCAAACCAGCAGAUUUUGCAUGAUCCCCCUGGUGUGGUAACAUAAGCCAGGCUGGGGACCUCUCAAGAGGUUAUCAGAAACAGUCCUGGAGGAAACACUGGUUUUACACAGGGAAGGUUCAGAUCUUCCUCUUAGAAGAAUAUCAUCAAUUCAACAAUGCUACCCAGACAGAAGGUGCAGGCCACUGCCAGACUCCAAAAAAAAUUAAAAAAAACCCAUAAAAUAUAUUUGCGUGCAGAACUGUUAACACUAAUCUGUGCUGCUGCACUUCCACAGCAAUAAUUUCUUGGCUUGAAAAAAUGAUUAUGAAUAGAGUUAGGUAUGAGCAGAGUAACACCUAAUACUCCCCAUUUCCCACCUCCUCACUGUUUGGUUGAACACAUCUUUUCUGUCAACAACGGACAUUACGUGGGCUGGACAAAACUCAAACGCAUGAACUGAAUUUAAUGGGGACUUCAGUUCACGCGCCAGAUUCAUUGUCUGAAAACUGUUUACUUGGGGCUUGGUUUGGGGCUAGCUGAGAAAAAGACCUAAGUCUUAACUUAUACCUACUCUUAAUAUUGUGGUUUAAUUUUUAAUGCAACAACUUACCAACGUGUACUCUUCUCCAUACUGACUGUACUGUUGUGGCACUUAAGACUGGUACCCUGCAGAGACUCCCCAGUGUUUCACUUGUGCUCUGCAGGAAGCACAGCAAUGACAGCUGAGAUAUUAGGAACAGCUAGAGCCACACAUGUUAUCUAGGAUAUGCAUAAGGGAUAUAUGCAUAUAGGAUAUAGCUUCAUCCUAAAACUUAAACUUUAAGCAAUGACAGUAAGCUUUCAAGAGCUCUUUCACGGGGAAGUUGCAGAGCUAUCUUAUGUCAGGAAUUUAUAAUGGGCACUUCAGGGUUUGUUGUUGUUUAAAUGGUUUAUCUUAAGUUUACAGAACAACUAUGGUGCUCGUUUGCCAAUGUAUAUUUUUAUUUACUUCUUCGGAUUACCUUGAAAUUGUUGGAUCUCAAAGUGUGAAAGUGGUUUAAUCCAACUCUCAUCCAAACUUAGAUUCAUAAACAUUGUAAACUUAAGCAGAAGCCUCAAAACUUAUAAGAAUACACUCUUCCAUUUACAAAAGCAACACACUCCUCUCAACCUUUACCUUUCAUAGCAAUCAAAUUACUUGCCACCUACAAAAGUUUCUAAAUACUGUUAUUAAAAAACAAGAUAACUUACAUAUGUAUCUUGAUAAAUGUUCAAGGAGGUAUAUUUGUUUCAGGAAAGCAGCAGAACUCCUUCUGUAACAUAUACAAGCUAUUUUGAGCUUAUCAAUUGCUAUAUCUUUUGCAAUAAAAUUGUCUUAAAGGCA